GGUGACCACACCCGACGAAGGCCGGCUUUAUUCGAUCUAUCUGACGGAACGUCCUUGGAUGAAAUGGCAAGGGUCGCUGCCGUAUUUAUGAGAAGUUAGUACUGCAAGAUUUGAAUGUAUGAGACGUGUAACUUGCAAAGGAAAGACCAAGGUUGCGACUUCCUUAUUGAACGGGAGGAACGCCUAGACUGCAAUCAUUAUCUUUGUCUCAACAGACCAACUCUUCUACUUUUUUUUCCGCACACGGACCUAAAUAUCCUAAUUAUUCCUAUUGUCUCAUUUUUAUACUCUCCUAUAAUGCAGCAGAGAAGAUUACUGCUUCCAGGAGAACCUGUACCUUACGACCCUUCACGCCCAUGGUUUCCGCAAUAUGGUGCCGGCAAUGGAGAAGGGUAGGUGACUGUCACCAUGAAACGCACAGUUUGAUAACCAUAGAAGGACUCCCUACUUCCGUGGCAACAUUAUAGUAUUAAACUCCGUUAACUACUUCCAAGGCCAGCCAAUAU